AUGUCUCCCAACCGUAUUGACGUACACCACCAUUUCGUGCCCGAGUUCUAUAAAGAUGCUGUAAUCACCUCUGGAGGCGACCCAUCUGGUUGGCAGGUUCCUGCUUGGGACCUUAAGAUCGAUGCCGAUGUCAACAAGAAGUUUCAAAUUGGCACCACCAUUCUUUCCCUGACAGCUCCUGGUGCUUGCAUCCUAAAAGAACCCCAGGCCGCAGCGGAUCUCGCACGUAAGACUAAUGAGUUGACUGCCAAGAUCAGAGAUGAUAAUCCUAAAGAGUAUGGCUUCUUCGCCGCCCUACCAAACCUGCUAGACAAAGAGCACACUCUCAAGGAAAUUGCAUAUUCUUUAGAUGUUCUCAAGGCAGAUGGCGUCACACUGUUCACUCGAUAUGGAUCCGACAAUCACUAUCUCGGCCACCCGGAUUUCAAGGAUAUCUGGGAUGAGCUCAAUCGCCGGUCUGCAGUAAUUCUAGUUCACCCUACUCACCCUGUGGACACUGCUCAGGUGAGCGGGUUGCCUCAGCCGGUUAUCCGUUACCCCUUCGAGACGACAACUACCGCCCUGGAUAUGAUUUACAACAAGACCGUUAAGAACAACCCGAACUGCAAGAUUAUUCUCUCUCAUGCUGGAGGCACCCUCCCCUACUUGAUUGGUCGACCUACAAGCAUUUUCUGCAAGACAGAAGAAGAGAUCGCAGAGUUCUGGGAACAAGCUCGUGACUUUUAUUAUGAUGUGGCUGUGGCUGGAACUGAAAAUGUUCUGAAGAUCUUGGAAACGUUCGCAAAGCCUGACCAUAUCCUGUACGGAAGUGACACGCCUUAUGCGAACGAUGACAUCAUCAACUUCCACACAACUCGGCUUGACAAAUAUGAAUUUGCAGACCCGAAGAUGUGGGACGCGAUUAACAGAGGCAACUCGUUGAAGCUAUUUCCAAGACUGAAGAAUUAA